AUGAUCAAAUUCCAAAGCCCAAGACUAGAAGAGAGUUUCUCCUUCACCUCCUCUCUCUUGCUCUUCUCCGAUGAUGGUGAUAAUUAUAAUGAUGAUUACAACGACGAUGAUGCAUACAUUGAGAUAGCUCUUGAACCAGCACAAACACCACCCAUACCAACCCAUGAAAAUGAGGAAGGAAAUACUGAUGCGGAAUUAGAGUUUCGCAUGUCGAUUUCGUCUGUGGUUCCCUUGCCAGGAUUUUCCUCCUCCUCUUGCUCCUCCACAACCACUUUGUUUUCUUCCACAGCAACUUGUUCCAAUGAGUCCGCCGAUGCAUAUACUACCAUGUACACGGGUGUACCUGCAUCUGCAGGGUCCGAGCUUUCUUGUAUCCGCAGAACAAAUAAACAGAAUGAACAGUAUUCGAGGAUCAAUCGUCUUUUCAAUGUUUUCUUGUCUAGCAUGAAGGGAUCACCAUCAGAAACCGGCAAUGAAAAUGGCGGUCGUCAGCAACCGGCGGUCAAUAAGGGUAACUGGGACACGGUGCGGAACAGGAAAGCAGGAAAGGUCACUACUACCAUGAACGGUGGUGUCAUGAAGUUAUUGGUGAAAUUCAGAUCCGUAAGCAUUCGGUCUAUGCUUGCUUCACUUGCGAAACCCCGCCAAGUUACAUCUCCUUGUCCUAGAGGCAACAGGCCACAAAACGAAAGAAGAUCUGAAGUGACCCUUCGGAAUAAUCAGAGGCUAAUCAAGCCAUCUGACAAAUGGUUGCUACAAAGGAACCACGGAGAGAGCAACAGCCAUAUCAAUAACACUUCUCAAACUGGUGAGAAAUCAAGAGUCUUGGAGGUCAACUUGGAUACAAUCAGGGCUCCGCCAGAGGUUGCAACAAGGAACGCUGAAAGCAAUAACAAACAGGCAAAAAGUUGUCCAAGUUCUAUCAAGUCCUCACCAAUUCACCAAGAAAUCCUGAGUGUGAACAAAGUUUAUGCGAGGGAGAACUCAAUCCAGGCAGCCAUUGCUCACUGUAAGAGAUCGUUCGGCCAGACAGAUGAUUUUAGUUGCUGAACUUCCCUCAGAUGUAAGUGAGCGUCCAUAGGAUUUCUGUAUUGGUUUUCUUCUAAUGUUCUGACUACAGGUAUAAUAUUU